AGUGGGCUCCGUGAUGGCAACGUCAGAAAGUACACAACUUGGCAAUCAGGGGGACGACUCGUUAAGAGCAGAUGACACAAAAUGUGUGUUCUGCGUGAUUGCCAACUGUAAGACAGAGAAUGAAAUUCUGUGUCGCGAUGGUGAGCUCGCCUGCUUUAGAGAUGCCAAACCCGGCGCACGUCAUCAUUAUUUGGUGGUUCCCAGGGCGCAUGUUGGAAACUGCAAGUCUCUCAAUAGAGAACAUGUUCCACUUGUGGAGCGAAUGGUUAAGAUGGGAAGGUCGGUAUUACAGCAGAAAAACGUCAUGGAGCUCGGUGACGUAAGGAUGGGGUUCCACAUGCCCCCGUUCUCUUCUGUUCCUCAUCUCCAUCUGCAUGUUCUCGCUCCCGCCAGUGAAAUGAGCGACAGAUCGCUACGGUUCUAUGGGCCCCAGUCCUAUUGGUUCAUAACGGUGGAAAACUUGUUAAAGCAACUGAAGUCUCAAAACGAAGUCAAAUGAAGACGCACCCAUUAUCAAGUUGCACAAAAGUAAACAUAAACUCUAAUGAGACCAACACUAGGUUAAUGUGGAUCUGUAAGAAGAGGGAUCAAUUGAAAUUUUCAGUUUUAAGGCAAUCUUAUUAAGCAAUGGUGUUUCAGAACAAAACUUGCCUGCUUCAAAAUGA